AUGAUAACUCCCUACAAGGGUGAGUGUAUUCAUUUUUUUGACUCAAUAUUCUCAUGCCAUCACAGUCUCCGUAUUGGUGCCAUCUUUAUCGUUUUAGCGACAUCUGCGUUUGGUACUCUUCUCCCAAUUAUCACCGGUAGAAUAAAGGGCUUGGGAUUGCCUAAGAUAUUCUAUGACACAGUAAAGUACUUUGGUUCCGGUGUCAUCGUAGCAACUGCUUUCAUUCAUUUGCUCGCUGAAGCUUUCGAGGAACUCUCAAACGAAGAGUGUCUUAGCGGCGCAUGGAACGACUACGAUUGGUCUCCAGCGUUGGCAGAAGCAUCAGUCUUCUUCAUCUUCUUCGCUGAGUUGUGGGCUUCUCGCUUGGGAAAUAAAUAUCUCCAAAGACGUGGUCUGGAAUACGACAAUCACGGUCAUGAAGGUAUUGGCGGAAUUGCUGGAUCACAUGGCGCAGAAACUCACAACCCAGAGACACCACACCUUCACGAUGCACCAGCAGCUACGAUCGGUGAUCGCAAGUCAGCUGAAACCAACGACGUCGAGAGCGUACACACAGCGCACAGUUACAGUUACAACACCAUGUCAAUGGUCACAGGUGUUGCGAUCUUGGAAUUUGGUGUUCUCUUCCACUCAGCUAUUCUUGGUUUGACACUCGCAACCACUGCUUCUGACGAGUUCAGAGUUUUGUUAAUCGUUGUCGUCUUCCAUCAGAUGUUCGAAGGUCUCGGUUUAGGUGCUAGACUCGCUGAAUUACCACUUAAGCAAUGGUGGAUUCCAUACACUGGAGCAGCAUGCUACUUUCUUAUCACACCAGUCUUUAUUGCUAUUGGAUUGGGUGUACGCGAGACGUACAACGACGAGUCAACAGCUGCACUCAUCGUCUCUGGUGUCCUCAAUUCUCUUUCGGGUGGUAUUCUCCUUUACACUGGUUUAGUUGAAUUGUUGGCACACGAUUUCAUCUUCAGCAGCCACAUGAAGAACGCAUCAGAUAUAUAUGUCUUAUAUGCCAGCUUUUGCGUUCUCCUAGGUGCAGGUUUAAUGAGCUUGCUCGGUUACUGGGCAUAG